AUGUCUCCACGGUCCAGCAGCGGCAGCCGAACAAAGUCCAAGACGGGCUGCCGGACCUGUAAAAUCCGCAAAAUAAAAUGUGACGAGUUGAUGCCAGAGUGCCGCCGCUGUACCUCCACAGGACGGAAAUGCGACGGCUAUGGGAUCUGGGGAGGGGUUGGAAGAGGAGGAGUCACUAGUAGUGGUACUACUGAUGGAUAUUUGGAUGGACGGACAGCUGGUGUUGGUGGUGCUGGUCCUUAUACUGACCAACACCGCCAUCGUCCCCUGCCCUCGUCGAAGAAUGAUCAUCAGGCGAUCACAUCACGAACACAGUUGUACUUGUCCCCAUACUCACACCCUAGGACCUUCUCUGUCUACCCAGCCAACCUCCUCGAUGCCGACGAAAAGUCUCAUCUCGAGUGGUUCUGGUGUCGCACCUCCAAGAAGCUCCAAGGCGCCUUCUUCUCACACGCUGGCAACGCCGUGUUAUUCCAAGCCAGCGCCUCCGAGCUGGCCGUGACCCAUGCCAUGCUGGCCCUGUGCGCUGUCCACAAGGGCGCCGACACGUCAAUUCACCUGCGCCACGAAGAGAGCUUCGCCCUGGUUCAAUAUAAUAAGGCAAUCAAGUAUCUGCGCCCAAGGCUCAUGGCCGCCAAUGACCGUAUGGCGCUCCGGCUGUCGCUGAUCUCGUGCAUCGCCUUUGUCCAACUCGAGUUCUUCCGUGGCCAUUACCAGAUGGCCCGGAGUCAUCUGGAGCACGGCCUGAGAAUGCUGGACGGCUUCAGACUCCACGCCCUUGCGGAAUCAAGCAGUGGUAAGCAGCACAGCCGCUCCUUCGUCGACCAGUGGAUCCUGCGCAGUUUCAGGGGGUUGUACCUACAGUCGACGUUGUUCGGACAGCCACCUCGCCGUCCAUGGGUGGUGACGGAGGACCCGAAGCACAUCACAGAGAUCGCCACCUUCUCCUCCACCCAUCAGGCGAGGGAGUAUAUGGAACACCUGCUCCUCCGGAUCUGUCGAAUGAACAAAGCCCACUCGGAGCAGCAAUACUCCACCUCACCCCAAUCCAAUGGGGUAUGUGCUGCAGAAUGCCUUUCGAAGCAGGACUUGCAGCACCAUAUCCUGUGCUGGAAAUCCGUCCACGACGAGACCCUGGCGCAGUUUAGAAGCACCAUGAACGGGCUGGAGUUGUUCGCGCACCGAUUGCUCGAUGUCUACCACACCAUGGCGGCAAUCAUGGUCGACACCCUGUUCGAGCCGGACGAGACACGGUUCGACCGCCACACACACCACUUCGUGUCCAUCGUCCAACAGACGCUGGGAGUCCGCAACAUGGCCCUGACGAGCGGCGUGCGUCAAAAGUUCUUUGGCUCCGAAGAGGGCCUCUCACACUCGAUCGCUGAUCUGGGUACGAUGGCGCCGUUGAUCUACGUCGCUCUCAAAUGCCGCGUGCGCUGCCUCCGACGCCAGGCCAUCCAACUGAUCGCCGAAACGCCGCGGAAGGAAGGGAUCUGGGACGCCAGCCUCGUCGCGCAGAUUGCCAACAAGGUCAUGGACCUUGAAGAAGCUGCCGCUGAAGCUGAUACCCAAAGUCUAGAUGGGUCCGACGACGACUUGCUCAUCGUCCCCGAUCUCCCCUAUGAGCAAAUCCAGCCUCUCCCCCUCACGGGCGUUCCGGCUCCUUCAGCCUCACGGCGCGUGGAGGGCGUUGAGGUGCUGCUCCCCGACGGCCCUUGGGAUGGGGCGAUAUUGCGAUGCCGGUAUCAAGACAGCCCGCAAUGCGACACGUAUCUCAUUGAGAGGCUUCCAAUUGCUCCUUGA